AGUUUAACGGGGAAUACCUUCGGCCCAGAACAAAACCCAUAAAGAUAAACCAUCGAGCAAUCGUCCUACGCUUUCUCUUUCUCGAGUCUCGUCUCUGCAGAAAUAGAGGGAGAGUCCGAAGUUUCUGUUUAACUCUUGAAGGCGCUGGGCGAUUUACCCAGUAGCUGAGUUCACUUGGGUUGUCAAGGAGCAAAGGUUUAGUGGAUUCUAUUGCUGGUUCUGGGACUAGCUUCUGAACUAAUCCAGCCCCUCUGCAGGUUUUCCGUGACUCUUAUUUCUGUUGUAAGAUUGUAGAAGUUGUUCCUGCGUUCGGAGUUCUCGAAGGUUUGACGAGUUAUUAUUAGUUGGGGGAGCCGCAGAAUGCUUCUACGCAGUACCUCUGCAGUGUUCUGUGGUCAGCUAAAUGAUUCUUUGUUUGGCUCGGAAUUUAGAAGUCAACCUACAUAUAAACUAAAAAAGGAAUUAGGUUUUCCAAUGGGACAUGUUAACAGAGGAAAGGUUGAGAGUGGGUCUUCUUCUAUGCAGCAUAAGAACUGGAUCUCUUGCUGUCAAGCAUAUACGGAAGAUCAUGCCAGUUCAACCAGGAAAGAUGAUUUAUCAGUCCAUGGAUUAUCUGAUACAAUUGUUGGUGUCCUGGGAGGAGGGCAACUGGGGCGUAUGCUAUGUCAAGCAGCUUCAAAAAUGGCUAUCAAAGUAGCAGUUUUGGAUCCACUUGAGAACUGCCCUGCAAGUGCACUGUCCCAUUAUCAUAUGGUUGGAAGUUUUGAUGAUAGUGCUACAGUUCAGGAAUUUGCCAAGAGAUGCGGAGUAUUGACUGUUGAAAUUGAACAUGUUGAUGUUGCCACGCUGGAGAAGCUUGAGCAGCAAGGAGUAGACUGCCAACCUAAAGCUUCUACAAUUCGAAUAAUCCAGGACAAAUACCUCCAGAAGGUUCAUUUUUCCCAGCAUGCCAUUCCACUUCCUGAUUUUAUGCAGAUUGAUGAUCUUGAAAGUGCAAAGAGGGCAGGGAACUUAUUUGGUUAUCCUCUUAUGAUUAAGAGCAAAAGGCUAGCUUAUGAUGGGCGAGGAAAUGCUGUUGCUCAAGGCGAAGAGGAGCUUUCUUCUGCUGUUGCUGCUCUUGGAGGUUAUGGUCGAGGCUUGUAUGUUGAGAAGUGGGCACCAUUUGUUAAGGAGCUGGCUGUCAUUGUGGCAAGAGGAAGAGAUAAUUCCAUUUCCUGCUAUCCAGUCGUUGAAACUAUUCAUAGGGAUAACAUUUGCCACAUAGUUAAGGCCCCUGCUGAUGUGCCAUGGAAGAUCAGGAACCUUGCUACUGAAGUAGCACAAGAAGCUGUUAGUUCAUUGGAAGGUGCUGGUGUAUUUGCAGUUGAGUUGUUCUUGACAAGUGACAGUCAGAUUUUGCUAAAUGAAGUAGCUCCAAGACCUCACAAUAGUGGGCAUCACACAAUUGAAUCAUGUUUCACUUCACAAUUUGAGCAGCAUUUGCGUGCUGUUGUUGGUCUUCCACUCGGUGAUCCAUCAAUGAAAAUGCCAGCUGCAAUUAUGUACAACCUAUUGGGUGAAGAGGAGGGUGAGCAGGGGUUCUAUUUAGCUAAUCAACUGAUUGGAAGGGCAUUGUCUAUUCCUGGCGCUACUGUUCAUUGGUAUGACAAACCAGAAAUGAGAAAGCAACGGAAAAUGGGCCAUAUUACAAUCGUUGGACCCUCUCUAGGUAUGGUGGAAGCACGACUAAAUUCAAUGUUAAAUCAAGAAAGUUUGGAAGCCCAGACUGCAGGUCUAGCCAGCCCACGUGUUGGGAUUAUAAUGGGUUCUGAUUCAGAUCUCCCAAUCAUGAAGGAUGCUGCAAGAAUUUUGAGUAACUUUGGUGUACCUCAUGAGGUGAGAAUAGUUUCAGCACACCGUACUCCAGAAAUGAUGUUCUCUUAUGCAAUAUCUGCUCGGGAGCGAGGGAUUCAGAUUAUCAUUGCUGGUGCAGGUGGUGCAGCACACUUGCCAGGGAUGGUGGCAGCAUUGACUCCUUUACCUGUUAUUGGUGUUCCUGUGCGUGCUUCUUCAUUGGAUGGACUUGACUCCCUCUUAUCUAUUGUUCAGAUGCCAAGAGGUGUACCUGUUGCAACAGUUGCAAUAAACAACGCAACAAAUGCAGGUCUGCUGGCAGUCAGAAUGUUGGGAGUUGGUGAUGCUGAUUUACAAGCAAGAACACUCCAAUACCAACAGGACACAAAGGAUGAUGUCUUGACAAAGGCAGAAAAGCUUGGGAAGGAUGGUUGGGAAGCAUAUUUGAAUCGUUGAUAUUUGCCCUUGACAAGGGGUCAAAUCAUCUGCAUGCAUUUUUUCUCUAUUUGGGAGUCUCAAAUCUCAUCAUGAUUGCUAGUCAAAGAUUGAUUUCACAAAAGUCGAAGGUCUGAACAAAGACGAUCAAAGAGGUGCACGCGUGGUCUGAAUUCUGAAACACAAUAACCAAGUUGGGUGCCAAAGCCCUGACUCCACUACCGAGAGAAACACACAUUUUGGUUCUGUGAUGGUUUCUGUAUCCUUAAAAUUAGGAAAAAGAAAAGAAAAAUUGGUAUCAUAAUUUUAAGACUACAGAUUGUACUUCAAUAUUUUCAGGUCUUAAAUCAAACUGAAAGGAGCUCUUAGUAGAA